AUGAAAAACUACCGGUUUGCCUCUAUAGAUAACCCAAACUUGUAUCGUUUUAGUGGUGAUUUAACAAACCAAUUUAAACCAGGACCUGGUCAUGAAUUUGGGAAAACCCAUCUUGAGUUUCUUAUAGACCUGUACAACUUUGUCUUUAAAUUUAACGAAAGUGGUGGAAUUUCUGUCAGACAGUAUCUUCAGAUUUUAGAAUCAUAUGUUCCUUCAAAUAUAUGGUUUCAUCCCUAUGUUCAAAAAGCACCAGUUCACCUCAAAAUUCCGAUCUUAUUCUCAUUGUCAUAUACUAUGGAUAUGCGCGCAAAAGAUUUCCAGGCCUACAAUUUUGACAUAAAUUUACAAGAUCGGUAUGCAGAUGAGUAUCAUCACCUUUAUAAUCAUAUGUGGGAAUCAUCUCUUGUCAAUAGAGUGGAACUUGAUCUUAUGAAAAUUACAACAAGCUUUAUGGGUGAAUUAAAUAUAAGACUACCUAGUUUUUUUGAUUCAAAAACUGGACUUGUUUCUGAAGAAAUUAGAAUUUUAAAUCAAAAGGCCGUGCAACUAGAAGACACGAACGCAAAAACGCUUGUUUAUUCGUUUUAUUCUACUUUCAGACAAACUUUUAGAUAUCUUUCUUACAAACACAACAUUUCCGGUGCAGCCCUUUUCGCUCAAACACUGCCGGAGCCACAAACACCAAAUUCACCUUAUUCCUUACCUAUUUCUCUUGCAGAAAGUUCAGUAUUAAUCUCUUCCUCUUUCAACAGUAUUUCCUUGAUGAAUCGGCAUACACCUCCAUUAUCUGAAAAUUCGCCAGCGGGAUCUAAAAAAACUAAAAGAAAAAUUAAAAAACCAUCUACACCAUCUCCAAUCAAUUCUUCCUUAUCGUUGCCCAAGGAAGUAAAAGAACAUGUUUCUAGUUCGUCUGGUGCGAAUAAUAGCAUCUUAGAAGAAAAGAGUUGUGACUGUAAUAAAAAUACUUCAGACGCUAGCAUCAAUAAAUUAGAUUCAGAUGAUUUUCCAAAUUAUAUUGCGACAAGCUCAAAGUCUAUGUCAAUAAACGCAAAAGAUGCCAUUCCUCGAAAGUUUGAUGACGUCUCAGAAUCGAGAUAA